AUGUCAAGAGCAGUGCGUCUCCCAACUUUUCGUGCAAAUCUAAAUGCAGAAUUUGUACCAAAUUCACCAUUAUCCUCACAUUAUGUUCAAGUUAUCCGCCAUAUAGAUCAAUACAGGGCAAGUGAAGUUCCAAAUUACAAAUUUCCCGAAACAAAUGAUCAACUUCGUCAAGUGCCAGACAUUGACGACGAAUGUGAAGUUUUCGGUGAAAAAACUGUCGAAACAAUCAAGAAAGAAACUGAUCAAUCAGUACCAAAGUACUAUUAG